CACAAAACACCAUAGACAUUGUUCAAAAGUCUAAAUAAAAGGAAAUACGAGUUAGCUUAUAUUUAUGAUUGUAUUUUUUGACUAAUGGAAGGAAAUGAAUUAACAUAUGCGAAUGAACUUGUACACAACCUUUACUCAGGGAGCUUAGAUCCAGCUUCAAUCACGAUAGUUGAAAAGGAGCUACAAAGAGUUCAGAAAUCCGAGUCUGGAUGGACGAUCGGCCUAUCGAUGCUACAAAGCCCGGAUGUCUAUCAACAAUUCUUCGGAGCUCUAACACUGCAAAUGAAAAUUAAUACUCAGUGGGAAUCUUUGGAUGAAUUUAGUCGAACGCAGCUAUCUCAUCGAUUAUUAGAAAAACUAUUGGAUAAAGAACAACUUCCAAGCCUUGUGGAACGUAAAGUUAUAUGCACUUUAGCAGCGUUAUCCAUUAAAAGUGAAAUCAACGGACAAGAACACUUCACAUUCUGGAUCAUUUAUAGUUUAUAUUACAAUGACUAUAAUGUUUUAACGAACCAUUCGAAUCCAUCUGAUGUCUUCCCAUCGCUUACACGAACAGCCUACUCCUCGCAGAACGCCUAUCUUGCUGCUCUUUUUUUAAACGAACUUUUUCUUGAACUGUCAUCGUCAAUAUAUACGAAAGAAAACGAGGAUCUUAUUUUUAAAAGGUUUUUUAAUUCUUGCUCCAAUUUUAUUGUCUUGAUCCUAACGUCUGUUUUUCAAACUUGUCCGUUUCAGUUAUCAGAAAAAAGCAGUGUUCAAGCUUUAGAGCAAGCUCUAAAUUGUGUAAUCUCUUUAUCUGCCUAUCUUCAAAAAAACUCUGUUUCCGUGAGUACUGGCCUUCCUCAGUUUGCGGAAUGCAUAGACUCCACUGUCAAUUGUCUUGCAUUGGAUCCUGUUUCAGAUAAGGCAAUGAAUGCACUCACCGAUCUUUUGGCAAGCUACUGUCAUUUAAUAUCCCAAGCUACUAUUCAAAAGUUAUGGGAUAUAUUGGUUGGUGAUUGGGGUGAGAAUCGCUUAAAAUUAGAAUUGGAUGAAGCAGAUAGUGAAGAGGAAAAUGACUUUUCAUUCUUAAAUUUGAUAAUUGGAUUUUCAGAAUCCAUGCUCAAUUAUAUUAUAGAAAACAUUCAAGAGAACAAAUGUAUUAAGUUGCUGUACAUUUUGAUUUCGCUCUUAGGCUUUCCUGGUUACGCAAUCGCAGAAGAAGAGGUCAGCUGGCGUACCUUAGAGUUCUGGACGACUUUGAUUGAAGAUUUUUCCAUAAGCGACUCUCUGUCUGAUCCCACAAAGAACAAGGUUUUCCAAGAACUGGCGUUUUCGGCCAUGGAUAAAGUCUACUACAAAAUGCUACUUCCUUCAAGUGUUCAGUGGGAAGAAUGGCCUUCAAAUAUCCGGGAUGCUUUUCACGCCUAUCGAAGAGAUUUGGGUGAUCUAUUGGAAAGCUCUUACUCCAUUUUUGGUGAGAAAAUGCUUACUAUGUAUAUAACUAAUAUUGAGUCUCUGCUGUACGAUAACUUUGAGGAUUGGCAGCCUCUUGAGGCUUCCUUUUAUUGCUUAACAUGUAUCCUAGAUAACGAAACUAGCGAAAGCGAAUAUCUUAAUUCUUGGUUGACGCGACUUUUCAACACUAAUUUUCCAGCCAAAGCGGCUGGGUUUCGUAAUCCUUUACUUUUAAAAACCACCUCUCAAAUUCUCAGCAAUGCUUCUUCGUUUCUUCAAAUGAAUCCGCAGUACCUGAGUAUUUCAUUACCCGUUCUUUUUGACGCUCUCAGUAUUCCAGACAAUGCUUUACAAAUUAGCGUUUCGCGUUCCAUUCAUGCCCUAUGUACAACUUGCGCUAUACAUUUAGUUUCAGAAGUUGAUGCUUUUGUUUCUUUAGUCGAAAAUCUAACACAAAGUCUGGUUGAUUAUCCGUUUGUCCUCGAACGUAUUUACAGUUCUGUUGGAUUCGUGAUAAAUUGCUUGGAUUCCCUAGAUUCCCAAACUCUAUAUUUGACAAGAUUAUUAUCUUGCUUGUUAUCUCCUUUACAGCCAAAUAACUAUCCGGACCUCGAUAUCUUUGAGAAUGUCAUAAAAGCAUGUCUUCAGAGUUUGUUUGGUUUGGCAGUUAGUCAGAGUCCUUCAAAAAAUAAAUCCGUGAUUGACGUUGAGAGGCUUGAACCGACAGGCCUAUUUUGGACCCAACCUCAAAUAGUAUCUUUUCAAGAGAAAGUUAUGUCAUUUUUAACCUAUACCGAAUCUUUGGCCUUACAAUAUGCAGAUGUUGUUGGGUUUAUCUGUAAAAUCAUUAUUGCCGGAUUGAAUGAGUCGGAGCCUUCACCAUUCUCGUUACAUAUAUCCGCCACAGUCCAAUACUUUUGCACUAGAUUUUCUGAGUUUCCCGCUGCUAUUCUGUUAACCUUAGCUUCCGCCAUUUUGACAUCUCCUUAUGGUCAUGACCUUAUGACAGAGGAUUUGCUGCAUAGCAUAAUCAUGUCAAUACGGAGCCGUGCAACUUUAAAUGACGAAGAAUUUUUCGAGAAUAAUGUUGAUAUAAUGAUUGAAUUGUAUCACUUUUCAACUAUCUUUUACCAGAAACAUCCAAGUUUUUUAGAGACACACUAUUUGGAGUUUCUACAGCUUCUGUUAGAAAAGGCGAUAUACACUCUGUGUAAACCUGAACGCUUGCUUGAGUCUGCAUCAGGACAAUUUUUGUCUGUUUUUAUCAGUAUGGAACUUAACGCAGCAUCAGAGGAAUUACAUAGGAUUUUGUUAGAUUCGAUUCGAAUGCCGUUAGUAACAAAAAUUCUACUGGGUUUUGGCGGAAGUGCAUCCAGAAGCUCUCUUCCUCUUUUGUCCGACAUUUUAGGAAAGCUAAAAGCGCAGAAUUUCGGAGCCACGAAGACUGUCCUUGCCCAGUUGUUAUCUUAUGAAGGUUUUCCAUCUAGCAAAGUCAGCAACGAAGUAAAGCAUCGGUUUCUACAGGAUUUAUUAAAGGCUCGGAUCAAAGACAAAGUCAAAGAGUUUUGGAUUUUAAGUAAGGGUUUCGAGUGUACCACUUACGGGAAUUCCAGUUGGACAUUUUGAAACUAUUAUUUGGUAGAUGAAAUGAUAACAGCAAGAAGUUUGACUUCUAAUAUAUUUGAUGAGAAAACUUCUUUCUUUGACGAUUUCAUACUUAAAAAUUUGGGUAAGAGUUUAUUUAAUAUGUUAGUAUAUAUAAAAUAAAUCAAAAUAAAUCAUUAGAAUGUG